AGCAACAAGCUAGCUACCGAACCAGCAGCAACAGCUAGCAGCCAGCAGCUAUCUCCGUCGGGGACGCGGCGCAUUAACAUGCAAAAGUUUAGAAAGACGGACUCCUUGUCCUAAACUGAGACAAGAGCAACGCCUAGUGAAACCCGAUACCACUGUCGAAACCAUGGGUCAUGGCUGGCUUUCGCAACAGCUAGUUAUUUCGGUUAUUUGAAGCUUCAAAUGUGUGAAAAGUCGCUCGGUCUCUCCUCGUCGUUGAACAAGAUGGCAGCAGCAGCACCGUUGCAGGAUUUGACUGUGGUUCGGGUCCUCGUUGCUAGCCUGUUCCUUGACGCUCUGGGUGAUAUGAUUUACAGGUCUUACUGAAGGUAUGGCCUCACAAGUCUUGGUCUACCCAUCACACCUGCACUCAGCUCAAACAAGUGCCUUAGGAACCAGCAGCAGUGGUACCAGCAGACACAAAGACGAAGCUCACCACAUUAAUAACACCAGCAGAGCCUUUCAGCACCGACCCCUACACAAGACCUAUGUGAUCGGAGUCAACUACGGAAUUGCCUAUCCCAACAGCGCUGUCCCAUCCUCAACCAGUGCUGUUUCAGGAAGACUGCACAGAGAACUAGAGCUUGGAGAGAGGGAGGAGUGGGCAUUGCAGACGGCAGGAUUACAGAGAGAGGAGAGCUGGGAGAGUCGAGGGGACGGUCCAGCUGGGAUUGAGGAGUCUCUUGGCCAGAGCAGAGGCCCACAGGAAGUGAGGCUUUGUAGAGACAGUGCUGGAACUCCACCAGGAGGAGGCCUGGACUGCGGGCUACUUAGGAGGGCCUGUAUCAGAGCAGAGGAAGACGUGGGCAGAAACCGAAGAGUACAAGCAAGAGGAGGAUACGUCAGCCUUCUAGACACAGGUGCCACCCAGAGAUGUGAACAGAAGGCAGGUGAAGGUGGAGAACAUCCGCGGGAGAACAACUGCGUCGGAACCAUGCAGAUAGUGGAGGAGGUAUCUGCUCUACCUUCACUUCCUCCCCCUGUGGCCAUGUUGCAAACCAGCAAAGGGAACAAUGCAGACACACUCAGAGUAGGGGGUGGAGGGACACUGCCUACUCAACACAACAGGGUUGAGGCCGUGACCGGCAUGGGAAUCGGGGUGGAUGGGACCGAAAUCAGGCCUAAUGGCAGUACUGAGGCAGUGGCAGGAGCUCCAGUGACCAGAACUGGAUCAGCAGAUGGUGACUAUCAGUUAGUUCAGCAUGAGGUUCUGUGCUCUUUGAAGAACAGUUAUGAGGUCUUGGAGUUUCUGGGUCGUGGCACCUUUGGCCAGGUGGUGAAGUGCUGGAAGAGGGGAACGAAUGAAGUGGUGGCUGUCAAAAUACUGAAGAACCACCCAUCCUAUGCACGCCAGGGACAGAUUGAGGUGGAGAUCCUGGCACGGUUGAGCAGUGAGAAUGCAGAUGAGCACAAUGUGGUGCGUGCUCUGGAGUGCUUUCAGCACCGCAGCCACACCUGCUUGGUGUUUGAGAUGCUGGAGCAAAACCUCUACGACUUCCUUAAACAGAACAAGUUCAGUCCACUGCCACUCAAAAUCAUCAGGCCUAUUCUGCAGCAGGUUGCAACAGCCUUAAAGAAGCUGAAGUCGCUGGGUUUGAUCCAUGCUGACCUGAAGCCAGAGAACAUCAUGUUGGUGGACCCCACCAGACAGCCCUACAGAGUCAAGGUCAUUGACUUUGGCUCAGCCAGCCAUGUCUCCAAGGCAGUCUGUUCCACCUACCUGCAAUCCAGAUACUACAGGGCUCCAGAGAUUAUUUUGGGCCUGCCAUUUUGUGAGGCCAUAGACAUGUGGUCACUGGGCUGUGUGAUAGCUGAGCUCUUCUUGGGCUGGCCCCUCUACCCCGGAGCGCUGGAGUACGACCAGAUCCGGUACAUCUGUCAGACUCAGGGCCUUCCUGCCGAGCAGCUGCUCAACAAGGGGACCAAGACCUCCCGUUUCUUUUCGAAAGAGUCCGACUCUCCCUACGCCUCCUGGAGACUAAAAACAACAGAAGAGCAUGAAAAAGAGACGGGACUUAAAUCGAAAGAGGCCAGAAAGUACAUCUUUAGCUGUCUGGAUGACAUAGCACACGUGAACUUGGUGUUGAGUCCUGAUAACAGUGACAUGCAAGCAGAGAAGGCCGACAGGAGGGAGUUUGUGUCUCUGCUGAAGAGCAUGCUGCUUGUCACCGCUGAGGACAGGACUGUUCCCUCCAGCGUCCUCAGUCACCCCUUCCUCACUAUGACUCAUCUGCUGGACUACCCACAUAGUAACCAUGUGCAGUCAUCUUUCCGCAUCAUGGACAUGUGCCACAGUCGGCCCACCAAUGCAGUUUUUGACGCUCUGAAUCAGAACACCAUUCAUUUCCCAAGACAUCCCGUUGCCCCCACUGCCUCCUCUGGACUCCCUCUGGGCUACAGCAACAUACCAGUUCACACUCAGACUAUAACCCAGUCAGCUCCCUCAGUGUUGCACCCAGGAAUAGCUCUAGCAACUGGUAAUGGUCAGUUUGGGUGCAGUGACACAUUUCCACCUGCCCUUCUUCUUUGUCCUCCCACCAUGCAAGGUAACCUUAACCAACCAGCAGGGUAUUCUGUUCCCAUGGUAACUCAGGCCCCUCCCAUACAGCCCUUACCAGUGAGGCCUGGUGUAAUUGCUCAGCAGGCCUGGUCUAGCCGGGGACAGCAGCUCCUCGUCCCAGCAGCCUGGCAGCAGAUGACUUCAGUGGGUCCUCCUCCCUCUCACCCCCCUCCACCACCCCCCUCCUCCCUUACCAACGACACCACAGCUGGCCCGCAGAGGAUCGGCGACUGGGGGAAAGUGUGUCCUCACAGCAGCCACUACAAUUCAGUGAUGCAACAGCCUCUCCUGACUAAUCAGAUGUCAGCCCUCUCUGCCCAUCAGCCAAUCAACAUUGGAAUAGCUCAUGUUGUGUGGCCCCAGCCAGCCAAUAAAAGGAACAGACACAGUCACAACAGGAACCUGUCCCACCUCAGCAACAUCCACAUAUCAGCAUGUCGGACCCCCAAGAUAGCCGAUGUUGUUGGACAGGCAGUGGCACGAAGGGAGCAGCCUCGGAGGGAGGUGCCUCUGGUGGAAACCAGGCAACCGGAAGUUCAGAACACGGAUGAAGAGGAAGAUGAUGUAGAGGACGAAGUGAGCUGCUUCAAAGAGGUCAUACCAAAUGGUAACAGCCACCUGGACCUGUCCAGUCAACAACAGCGAGAUGUGGCAGUUCUGAUGGGCGACACACCAAGCCCUGCUCCCAGUGUGAUCAGCAUCCAUAGUGAACUGACCGAUGGAGAGGAUGAGGGGGAGGAUGAAGACCCUCAGAGGUGCCGUCUGAGCGAGUGUAAAGAGGAGUGUGUGUGUGAGGCUUGCAGAAACACCAGCGUGUCUAUGGAGAGAGUGUGUUCCCUCAGCAGCCCUGACAGCAGCCUCAGCACCAGUUCUUUUGCCUCCAACUCACUUCAGUCCAGUCCCUCUGUCUCACCGUGCAAGAGACCUAACAGCAUGUCUGAGGACGACGGCCACGAGAGCGGCUGUGACACAGUGGAAGGCUCCCCCACGUCCGACACAUCAACCUCCCCGCGUGGCAACAGUACCUACCGUUACCUUGACAAUAGUAACCACAACAACCGCCCACCAUUGGCUGCCAUGGUAGCACCACUGCCUUCCCCUGCAGUGCAGGGCAGGAGUCCCCGUGGCGUCAGGACAAUGGUGGUUCCACCAAUGAGAGUGCAGAACAAUAACACUCAAGGGACAGAGGAGCGUGUCCAGAGAACGGUCUCAGAGUCCUGGUCCCGGUCCAAAGGGCGCUGCAGCCUCGUAGGACAACAGAGCACUCCCUCCUCCGUCCCCCUCUUCCCAUCCGCCCCCCUCCUGUCUCGGCAGCAAAAGGUGACUGGGCAGCAGCAGCACCCUCUGGGCUUUGGACAGGUGCAGCCGUACGGUUCAAACCACAGCAACAAAGAGUGGAACGGCAACUAUGGGCCACUGCGACCCCACGCCUACAUCCCUCCUACUGUCCACACACACACCUUCACACACCUGCCGCACAGCAGCCCCACGCACACUUCGGCCGCCCCGCACACGCACACCCAAGGCCUGCCCACACACACCCUGCUGUCCUACCCUGCCAACGGCCCCCUCACCGCUGCUCACCACCCCCACCCCAUCCUGCCCUCUCGCCCUCAUCCCCCUCUCCUCCAGCACAGCUACAGUCUUUCCCACGCCCAAGGAGGCGCUAUAGUUCACCAGGUGACCCUGGGCAUCAGCACCCACCCCCACCACCCUGGACACCCCGCUCCCCACCCACACAGGCUCCUCCCCUCCCCGACCAUCCACCCACAUCACCAGCCUGGCUAUGCCCACCACCCCCACCAGUUCAAGCCUCCCUUCCCCCCUCCUCACCCUUACAUGGCCUCCCCAGCCGCCUACACAGGCUUCCCUCUGAGCCCCACCAAGCUCAGCCACCACCCCCAGUUCUCUUAUAUCUGAGGAGCAAGACGGGGCCGCAGCAGUACCUUCUGGUGAGGAAGAGCAACGGGAAAUGGACUGGUGCUGCGACCUGGGCAUGUAGAGCUAGCAGCAGAGCACAAAACGGACAUUUGUGAUGAUGAGGAAGAGGAAAAGGUGGUUAACAAGAGGAGAUUGGAUAACAAAGUAUCAUAGGGGAUUGAGAAAGAAAAGCAAAAGUAACAAUGCUGAAGAUAAUGUUUUAUGGUGACAUGCAGCCUCUGUAAACUGGAGGUUCACGUCAGUGAUCAUGUUUGAUUGUCAGAGCAACUUCAGCUCUGAAGGACCUCCUGCGAAAACAUGUCAGCCAAUGGAGAAAAACAAUGAUUGAUUAAACUUGCAAAGCUUUAUAAGAGAGCAUCACAAGAGUGAAUGAAUUCACAAAUGAUGACGAUAAGGAAAUUUUAAUUAAGAAUGUGUCCUUUGCACAUUACCUCCUGUCAUUUGUUGUUUGAGUAGUGUUCAGAGAAUAUGAUCUAAUUAGAGGCUGGAAAUCAUUUGUUGUUGCUGUCAGGGCGCUCAGCCUCCCCUUCCCUUUAUCUUUGUUGCCUUGUAGCAUGUGCUAGCCGGUCAGAUCUGUUUGUUAAGCCAUCCCAGUCUGUAUUAACCAGGAUUGAACGCUCCUGUCUUUGUCUGAGGCGGACUUUACUGCUGCCGUCUCUCAGUGCCUUAAAACCAGAGUCUAUGACGUUACUUCAGGAGCUUAUAGAUUGUACAUUUAAAUGGGGUUGCAGCACUUAACAUCCAGACUCUGAACACAAUGGGCUUAUUGGAUAGAUAUGAGGAUAAUGCUUGUGGUUAUGUUAUAAUAUUGGCAAAUGUUGGACUUCAGUUUGCUUUCUAACUCAGAGUAUGGAUUUACUUUAGCUAGAGGCUGCACAUUUAGGGCUUUGACUGAAUGAGCUUUUUAUGUAUAUAAAGAGUGAUUUGAUAUUUUGAUAAUCGAUUUCUAUUCACUAUAGUACUUAAUUCAUAACAGUAUUGUCACUGUUUACUGUAACUGCAAUACAAUCUAGAAAGCCUCUGGGUUGCUGUGUUUCUAUUAUUUUGCAUUUAGGCUAGACUUGCAUUAAUGCAUUUUCUGUUUUAGUUUUUGGGAGUGGCAUAGACUAAAAAAAAGUUUUGUUUUAAGUAGAACUUCUAAAUGCUUCUCAGUGUUUGAAAUAACCUAUGAAUUUACAGUAUCAUUGCUGGGCUAUGAGUGUUAGAGGUGUAUCAGUAAUUGUUUCAGAUAUUUGUGUGAGAUAAACCUUUUGUCCAUGUAUUGAAGCCUGUUUCUCAGUUUUGAUACAUUCCUUCAGGGUGGAUGCAUAGCCUUGAACUUUUUGUUUUUUUGGUUUUGUUUGAUUUCCAGUGUGUAGUAGAGCCUUGUCUUUAUCUGUCCUAUCAGCUGGUAUUUUACUCCAAUCAGCACCAAAGACUGUUCAUUAAUCAUUUCUGAAGCAUGGUCGAUACUAUUUCUCCUUUCACCUCCAGCAUACUGUUGCAGUUAUCAACAUUGGAAUAUAUUGUGAGAUCUCUAUUUUAAAAAUGAGGUUGAGGUUUUAUUUUUCUGAGCUAUGUUUGGCAAAUUGUAUUUGGAAUGUAUAGAUAAUAAGCUGCUAUGUACUGAUUAUCUGCCACUUCGUAGCUGUGAAUUUAGAGGAUUAAUCUCAUUCUAGCCUGCAUUCUCUCUUUUGUAUUGUAUUUCUGACGACUAGAUACAAUAGAAGUGAGUUUCAUUUUAAAGUAUAUUGAAUGCUAUUCCUAUAUGCUAGUGCCUCUGUAUAUUGGCUUUGUUGUUUUGAAGUGAUUGUAAACUGCUGUAAUGGAAGUUAUGAGUUUUCUUUCUUUUUUUUUUAUUCUGUUGCUUUGUGUGUGUGUGUGUGUGUGUGUGUGUGUGUGUGUGUGUGUGCAUUUAGCAUCAGUAUUUCAAACGUAGGCUGGGUUCACUCUUGGAUUCUGUAACCAGUGUGUCGUUGAUGUAUUAUCGUUUUUAAGUUUCCUUCUGAUGACAUGGCUUUUAUUUCCGUUAUUGGACUGUAUUCGCAACUCUUCGUACUGUACAACUAGUGCCUUUCUUUAAACAAGUGGCUGACAGAUGACGUCUCGCAUUGAUCUCACAGCAGUCAGAAAAAUUUGUAGAAUAGAAUUCUAAGGGGAUCAGCUCCUAUUUUGACAUCACGAAACCCCAAAGUUGUUUGUUUGUUAGACUAAAACGAGGUCUGAAAACAAUCUUUUUUACAGAAUCCUAAGAAAGUACAAGUCAGGGAAUGUUUUAUUGCGCUCACCAAGAACACCGUGCAGUACUCAAACACAUAGGGCCUGAAUACACACAAAUGCAAAGCUUUAUUCUCACACCGUGAAUGUAUUUGUGGAACUCGAGACUGUUUUUGGUUUGCAAAUGAGUUAUUUGUUGCAUUUCUGAUGGAUAUACGUUUUCUCUCAUUUCAUGAUUGGGAUGUUGAUAGUUUUUGAAUGCAGCUAUUACCAUUGGUAGAUAUCAGCAAGUUUUUCAGUCAGGGGUUUGUUCAAAAUGCUUUAUCCAUCAGUCAUACUCAAAGUUUAGGUCCAAAGCUGUCCCAUCCUCAUCUACGGCAGCAUAGUGCUGCCACUGUGACCAAAAAAAAAACGUACUCAGUUUUGUGUUCUGAGAAACGUUUCUUGUAAAAACUGAAUUUGGUAUCCAAUAAUAACAAGGACAAGUGUCAUUAUAAAACAAGAAAUAGUUUCUCAUUAAAACAAGAAACUGAUCAAAUAUGUUUUUGUCAUGGUGGAAGUAAUACGCUGCAUCUACUUAAUGUAUUACAUUGUAAUGGUUUUGCUAUGUUGCUUGUAAUGGGUGUAUUUUGUGUACUCGUCUGAUGCUACUGUGUUGAUGAUCCUUAGACAAACGGAGGAUGCACUGUUCAGCCUGGAGUGCAGCCUAGAAUUCUAACUGAUAGGUGUGUGUCACGGCGCAGUAAUCUGUACUUUACUUCAAGGAAUAUGUUCUGUUUUUUCCACCCUGUGGCGUGCACCCUCUCUCGUCGAUUCCCAUAUGUCUCUGUGCUUUCUGUCGGCUCAGCACCUGUGAUGAGAUGAAAACAUGUCCCACCUCAGUGAUGUCCGUAAUCCCCCACCACUUUGGGUUGAUUGUUUAGGAUAGAUAAUCUCGCCUCCCUGCAGCCCUACGCUGACGGUUGCAUCAUCAAAGUCACCAAAGGGUCACACAGUCACAGAUCCAGAGCUCAGCCUUAAGUAACAAAGCAGGCCUGAGGACUGUUAAAUACUCCUAAAACAUUUGGGGACAAUUACUGUUCUUAAUAAACAUUCAUAUUUUUAGGGGGGAUAUGGCAUUGAACAAGGUUUGGGUCCAGUCUUUGUUCAUCAAUAUUUCAGAGAUUAAGCAGCAGACUGCUCUCAGAAUAAGGCUGUGGCCCCUGUGGGCCUGCUUUUACUGGGACUUCCCAGACAAAACUACCAAUUCUACAAACAUGGGUCUGAACAUCUCAUUUGGGUACUGGGCUGAAAAAUAAGUUGUGCGAAAUUUGACUCCUUUGACACGUUUUAGGUAGAUUUUGUACCACAGCUAAUUAUCGGGUUGACAUUUAUUGUAUUUAGACACAAAUAUGUAGACACAAUUGCUAAAUUGAAACUGUUACUGUUCUGAAUAUGUGUAGAUCUGUGUGGCUUUAUGAUUUUAUUUUUGAUUUUAUUUUUUCUUAAAUGCUACACUAGUUUGACAUGUAGCAACUGCACUGUGCAAUAUACAACAAUAUGAGGACUGGGAAAAUGAUAAUUGUUUGGAUGUAAUUAUGUGUGUCUUACCAGUUUGCGGUCGUUUUCUUUCCCCCCUCUAGUUCUCAGUGAGUUUCAAUGUGACCAAGCCUUAUGUACUUUGUCACAAAAAGCGGGUUCCUUCUUGGUGACUCUUAUUGGUGAGUGUCAAAUUAUGAAUUAAUGGUGUACUAUGUCAAGAUUCACUUUGAAUUAAAAAAGAUCUUUUGCUUCA